AUGAGGAUGGCAUAUUCUGUCCGAUGGGGACAAGUCAACGGCAAACUUACGGUGCCAAGCCGAAAAUUUGAUGCGAUGCGGCGAUAUGUCUGCGCUACGUGCGCGCAUCCUCAACGCCGUACUUUAUUGACGAACACAGACCCUAUUCGUCGACGAAUUCCAAUCGCACAGCAGACUGGUACUAUCAUCGCCUCCAAGCGCUUUGCAUCAUCUGUAGAAGAUUCAGAAACUCCCGAUGAAUUACGAACAAAGAUCGAUAAUAUUCAUUUAAAGACGGAAUUCGAGACAAGAAACGACAUUAGAGAAUAUUUGCGCAAAUGGCAAGAACAGAACGUGAAUCAUCUAGACCCCAUCCAGGGUUCGGAUUCCUCGAACACGAAUUCGCCGCAUGUAGGGAAAUUGACCGGAAACAUGCUCAACGAUGGACAAGCCAUUUACGAUGAUGCCGUCGAAAAAUCAUACACUAGCUUGGGCGAAACCUCAGAUUACAAGAUCGAUAUGGAUGAGAAUUAUGAAACUGGCGAUAUUCUGGAGCCGGGCGACCUAGUGGGAUUCUUCUCUGGGUCGAAUAUGGCAACACCUGCGGUAUACAUACGAUCUGUGGAAAGACAAAAGCAGUUCUAUACACUCAGAGGGAAAUGGCGAGUCACAUCGGAUAAGGAUAUUGAUAUCGUUAUCAAAGGCUUUGCGCCUCCGGAAUUAACCGAUGCUCUUAUCCCAUAUCUCCCUGACACAGCAGUCUCGCCGAACAUCAGCAUGCAAGAAAUCGCCGAAGGAGGAGUUCCUCGCUCCGCAGCUGCACCGCUCAUGGCCAUGCUUCAACAAUUUUCCGAGAAAGAGGCACAGCUCUAUAGAGAAAAUGCGCAACGAAUCGACAAUCUAUACCGAAUAAUCGCAUCCCCGAACAAACGCACCGUAAUGACUUUGCAUGAAAUAGCGGCCCAGGCUCUUCAGAUUGGCAUAGACGACGUGACGCCAGAAGCCCUUUUCAUGACACAAAAGGCACUUCAGCGGAGCCCGUUCCUCAUUUUGGCUGACCGCUCGUCUGUGUUUUCCAAUCGGUACCUAGUACGGCCGAAGUCAUUCAUGCAUCGUUUCAACACCGUGAUUGAAUGGGUUCGUGAGCAUCAGGACCAUUUAGGUCAGCUGGCCUUACACAAACCUUCCAAUCUAGCAGACCAUCCGCUCCAAAAUUUUCUUCUGAAAGCCCGAAGGAUAAUACUCCAAAAUCGAAAUAUCAGGUCUCCAACAACCAUGUCGAACGUCGGUCCUUCCGCUCAACAAUUUACGACGGAGGAUGUGCCCGAAGGACGGGUGUAUCAGAAGGUAGUCACAGACCAGUUUGACGAGUCUGACAAAUUCAUUCUGGAGUACCUUGUACAUUUUUCCAUUCCACCACAAAGGCUUAAUAUGAGCUCUGCGAGAUACGCUGCCAUUCACAUAAUGAGGGCAACGGGGUUGUAUACAGCCAUAGAGCUUCAACGCGGGGCAAUAUCACUCUUUUUGCAGGAGUUAGGUCAUCACAUUGAUUUAGAAUCUGAACGUGUAGUGGCGCUUGCACUAAAAUCUGCUAGCAAACCUUCGAAGUACAAGGACGAUAGAAUGUCAGAUAUGCGAGUGGACUGGGGAGAUUUGCCAAUUUAUUGUAUCGACGAUCCUGGUGCAAAGGAAAUUGACGAUGGCAUCUCUCUAGAGCCUGUUGCCGGAUCCGAAGACACGUUUUGGCUUCGUGUGCACAUCGCCAACCCAACGGCUUUCAUGCCACAUGAUGAUACCAUAUUUGAGAAUGCUGCUAGACGUCUAACGACUGUCUAUUUGCCUGAAAGGCACUAUCCCAUGCUACCAACAUCUUUUACGAGUCGAUCCUUCAGUCUGGCUGCUAAUAGCCCUACUCUCACCAUAUCUGCCAAAGUCAAUUUGAACGGCGAUGUUUUGGAAACGGGCAUUACGAAUGGAAUAGCACGAAAUGUUGUCUACUUGACCCAUGCGGGUCUUCGAAAAGCCCUCGGUGGUCAAACAAAAGACCCGCAAAUAUACACGGUUGGACGGAACCCGCCUUUACAUUAUCUCAACCAACUAUCCCCCGAGUCACCUGCAUUUACCCAGGAGCAAUCAGAUACUUUCACCCUUAUGAGAAAAAUCAUGACUCAGAUUAAUAACAAAUGGAGAGAGAAUGGCGGGCUGACUUGGCCGGACAGUUUCAAUCAACAGAAUCCGUCCAUAUACACUGGCAACCCCAUUUCCCCAUUUUCGGUGCAUCCUGAAAAGCUCGACUGGGAAGGGGGCUAUUACCAGGGUGACCCAAUCAUUCUACUCCCCACUAACGACGUUGACCCUUAUGACGUUCCAGAUUUGAGCAAAAGGAACCUCGUGGCGCUGGUCAUGCGAUUCGCCUGCCACAUUGCAGGACGAUGGAGCGCAGACAGAAACAUUCCCCUAGUAUAUGACGGCACUUACUUUCACCCAGAGUACCCGCCAUUGACGCCAGAAAGACUGAAAAGGUUUACUGCAGACGACUGGCUUCGUUUCGCACCUCCUAAGGGAUAUAGUGCUUCCAGCGUUCUUCCACACGCCGGUUUGGGUGUUGACGCAUAUACCAAAGCAACCAGUCCCCUACGGCGAUAUAGCGAUCUAGUCGCCCACUAUCAAAUUGAAGCAGCUCUGCGCUACGAGAAACAGCACAGUAAGAAAUUCAACGGCGCAGAAUCCGAAGCCGCUUCCGCACUACCAUUCUCCACCAAACAAAUCGACUCCCUUCUCGAGGAAAUGAAAGCCAAGUAUCCCCUCAUCAACUCCGUGCAGAACCAAUCCCGAACGUUCUGGGUGUGUCAAUUCCUUUUCCGCGCAUUUUAUUUUGGUGAAUGCGAUAACCUCCCGGAUACUUUCGCCUGUAUGGUGCGACAGCCGGUUCAGGGCGUUUCGACGACGGACGCAAACUAUGUAGGCGCUUAUGCGGCGGAUAACUUGCCGUUGGGUAUUCGGGUACAGCUCUUUGUUACUGAGGAAUUCCGUGAUUUGGAUACGCUCAGUACGGUGGAAGCUAAGAUUGUGGCUGUUAAUAUGGCGAAGCAUGUUGUUGAGAUGGAGGUUGUGAGGAAAGUGAAGGGUUGGGAACGGACUGGUGAUUGGGCUUAG